AAGGUUGAAUGUUACAUUCCAACUGGCCCUGUCAGUUAUCUCUAGUACGGAUUGCUGUCGGGUUGAGAAUUUAAACAAUCUGUCAAUAAUGACGUUUGUACUGAGAAGUAUUAGACAAGCUUUGCAGAAGCUGGCCGGUUGUCUUGUUUGGCCCUGCCGUGUGAAGGAUACAGGGAAAGGACUGCCAGGCUACACCGGAGAGCCGAUACCAGACCGGACAGAUCUCACUGCAACACCGUGGUCAUCUAACCAGAAGCUGUUCGUGACCUACCGCGUGGUGUGCGCAGUCUUCACCCUCGCCAUUCUCAUCUGGAGCGUCCCUACGGACAGUAACCGGUGGAUCACCUUCUACUCCAACUGGGUGUACUCCACAUUAACCCUCCAUUUCUGCUGGAGCGCUGUCGUCUGCCUUAAGGAAUACCGCAAAAGUCAUGACGGUCCAUCGGAGAGAACGCUCUACAUCGGAUGGGUAAUAUACGACAUGGCCAUGGCCACGAACUUGACUGUGUCGGCAGAGUACUGGUUCUCGCCAUGGCCUGUCACUAUAGGCCUUCGUAGUAUCCUCCGGCACGGAUUGAACUCGCUCAUGGUUGCCGUUGACGUGCUUUUGUGCGGGAUUCCUUCGCGGUUGAACCGCGUGGUGUAUCCCGUCCUUCACCAAGGUAUCUACUGCGUGUUCGUGGUUUUAUACUGGCUUGGUGGUUUCAGGGGGUACGAUGGAAAACAGUACAUCUAUUCCUUUGCUGACCUGAACACUGUCCCACUCCAAACCGUUAUCAUCAUGGUGGGAAACACGUUUAUAGUUAUGCCGGUGUUUCACGUCGUGGUGUGCGCCUUGUACCGGUUGCGUUUGAAACUACUGAAGAAGUUUAGAAGUAAAAACGCUUACGAAGCUGUAAAACGAAAACCAAUGCAGACUAUAGAGACGGAGGUCGUCCACGGCAAGUUUAAAGAGAUCUCUGCUGCCCAGGUUCAAAUAGAAUGUUUGAAUGAAUGAAUGAACUGCAUUGCUUAAAAACUGCAUAGGGUACAACGUAAAGGCAACAACUGAUAAACAAAAGAUCUACGAGGCUAAAAACAGAACAAAAAAAUAUUACAGAUAACAAUAUGAGAGUUACAGUGCAGUCAUGUAUGGUCUCGUAUUUGGAAUAAUAUACAAAUAAAUUGACCUAUGUAUGUGGACAUAGGAGUUUGACAUGAAAGUAAUAGAUAGGAUGGUAUUUGAGACCAUGUAGAGCGUUGUCUUGAAAGAAAUAGAAAAACAACAACCUCCGAACCAUCACCUACAGUCCACGUCUAAAAUGGCUUUUUAAAAAGUGAUAGUAAAAUCUAAAUGGUAUAUUAUACACUUAUGAUUAGCUCAAAAUGGACAAAUCUAGGCCAUAAGCAUUCACUGUGCAUGUCAUGAUUACAAUAAACAAAAAUGUUAAGAGUCAUAAUCUGAAGCUUUUGGGUGGCAGAUAGCUUUUGAUGCAUAAGGAAUGAGCGGCAUAGGUUUGGCCCACCUGCAGCUUGCUCUGAAAUCACAAUCGCGUUAUGUUAAAAUUAUUCAUUACACAUGUAAAAUAACAGAACAAACGAAGGAACGAUUCCAUAAUGAUAUUAAAGCAAUUUAUUUCUGAUUAUGGAAUUGUGGCUAUGAUUUGCAUAUUUUGUGUCAGGUAGUACUUAUCAUGUAUCACAUCCUUGUCCGUUUUCUGUUAUUACUGUGGCUCUAUCGGAUACUGUGAACUGCCUUUCAGAUAGGCCCUGGGUAUAUAUACAUGCAUACAUGCAAGCAAGCAAUACAACAUUAUAUACAAGGCGACAACGUGCUUCUACAUAAAGUACCUUAGUCGUUAUGUAAUCCAGGUCUUGUCAUAUCGUGUGGUUUGAAGGUCAAAUUCAAACGACCAAACGAUUACAUCCACCAAGAUUCCAGUUCUUUUUACUUGUGACGUUGUAAAAAGCAUCAUACAGGUAUAGCUCGGCUAUUACUAUUGCAGCACUGUAACAUUUGUAAUGGUUGUAAUGAAAUUUUCUGGAUAUAGUAUUUGUACAUGGUAAACUUGUCCUUCGUACUUAGUACUUACAGCAUAGGAUGUUCCAGAAAGCUACACAGAUUGUACUAAGAAGUAAGUUAAACAUACAUGUG